AAUUUCUCUGUUAGCUUAAGUAGCUCAAUUUUCAAUUUUUGUUACUUUGGGUUCAACACACUAAAAGAUAGCUUGAGGAUAAGAAUUGUUUUAAUAUUUAUAUUUUUUUUUACUUUUGUUGGAAGAAAAUAGCUUUCUUGCGCUCUACUGCCAGGAUUAUAUACCACCACAUUUGUCUUCUGAAACUUAACCAAAGAAAGAUCUUGCGUCCAGGAUACACAUAACGAGAUCAACAGCUCUCAUUUCAGUACUCAACAUAAGUUUGUGAAAAUGCGUAUUUAGAGAAAUAUUGAAACAUUAAGGCAAAUUGACGAAGCUGAUAUUUUAAGUGAACAUUUUUUACAUUUACACAUCAUGAUAUAGCAAUACCAAAAAAUUUAUGACGAAUAAUGAGUAUGAACAAUAAUCUAAACACUGCACACGCAUCUAUGACUCACAACGAAAAAGAUGAAGAAAACUUGUCUAGAAGUAAUCCCAUGAUGGAGCAAAACUCAAACAGCAAGCAGAAAGCCGAAGCCCCCAAAUCCACAUUACAGCCUAAACUCCACGAGCGCUUGGUGCACAUAUUGGCGAUAGAUCCAUUUACGAAGGAUGACCUCUACGAGCGUCUAACGAAGGAUGGCUUAUCUGACUGCGAUAAAUCUGAAAUAAAUAAUUGCUUAAAAGACAUUGCGAUAUUUGAGGACGAUGUGUACAGCUUACGCGACUGCAUUUGGAAUGAUGUGGACGAGGACUGGCCCUACUACACCGAGGAGGAACGAGAGGAAGUGAGGCUUAACAAAAUUUACAAAGCCGCUUCAAUGUUGUUAGAUACGAAGGAGUACAGUUCGACUGGAAGUGACUCCGCGGACAUCGGCAUAAGCUUAAGCCGAGAUUUUGAAGAACCACAAUUACAAACUGUUAAAAUGCAGCGAGUAAAUGCGCUCGAAAAAAACAAAAUUAUCGAGGCGACCCAAAUCGCAACACAUGAAAGAGAUAAGACGAAAACAGCAGUGGACCAAAUACUAGCAGAUAUUUUGAGUUCCGCGGCUAAUGAAGAACAAAAACAGGAGCAAGCUGGCCAAUCAAUUUUAUACCAACAGACAAGCUUUGGAAAUAAUCAACACAGGCCGCUAGAAAUUCGUAGGCCACAGAAAAGCGAUACAGAAGCCAUCAGCAGCCUAAAACGGUAUCUAUGUGACCCAUCAACCUAUGUUUCGAAGAAACAGCGAAUAAUUGAGUCAAUAAGCUCCGCACUCCAGCCUGAAGGAUGUUAUAUUGAAUGCACUGGCAAAAAUUCCGCUUCGAACUCAAUUCAAGAAAUUAAUAACUCGUUGUGGUCUGGAAACGAAGCACCAAAGUUACCGUACGCUCAACUGCCAAAGGAAAAUGCAAAUGUUGUGUUGAAGUCAAAGGAUAAAGUUGGCGUUCAAGCUACUAAUUAUGUUGACAACAAAACAACAGCUCCCUUACCACACUCGGUGAACUUCAAUCAAAAGCAAUUGAUCGAGCAAAUACACCUGCAACCACACACACACCUUAUUGAUACUACUGAUCUCUCAAAAUUCCCGGAGGUAAGCCAACAACAGAAAGAGCACUCCUUAGCCCAAUUAAUGUUCUUAAUUACCAGUAGACAACUUGAUUUGUCCAAAAUCGGAGAGUACAAGCAAGCAGAGCAUCCAACUGCUUACCAACUGCUUGUGAGGUAUAAGCCGUACAUUUCCACUUCCCUGCCUGUAUUUUAUGGCCAUGAAUACCCACCCAUAUCCAGCGAAAUGCAGAGAUGGCAAUACAGAGUAAAACUCAAUCAAAUUGAGGAUGUAUACAGCAGACUCCAUACACAUAACAAAAACCUAACGGACACACAUUGGUCACUACUUGAACAAUUAAGGUCUUCCCAAUUUUUCAGUGAAGAACGCGCUGAGCUUUUUGCUCGUUGUCAUUACAGCUACCGCACCAUAUACAGCGAUGAAGAGCUGAGGAAGAGAGCUUUGUUAGAUUAUUGGCAUGACGUGCGAGUUCAUCUUAUUCAGCGCGUGAUGGAAUAUGAAAAUCCGGAUUCAGCAGUAAACCUACAACGCCAGCUACACAUGGAGAGUGCACUAAAACAAGAGCGUUUACGAUUCCAACCUUUCAACGCUAACAUUUUCACCACGCCGAAUUUCGUUCAAUGUUCGUUGCCCGCUGCUCCUGAAAACACUUAUAUUAGUACAGAAUUAAACCUUAGCUCAAGUUCUGAUGAUGAUUCAGGAAUUCUUGCAUCCUCCUACGACAAUCAAAGGUCCAAUAGUGUCUUACAAAAUCGCAGACCUACAUGACAGCCAUCUUCGUCGGGUUCUUUGAAAUCGAAAGAUUCGGUUAAUGGCGGUAUUAAUGGAGAUAA